CAAUUGUUCAAUUGAAAGUCUACCUCCCAAUAUACUUCAUUCUAUCACAUUGAUUUGAUUCAAAAUGAAACAAACUGGUGCUAAUUCCACAGGAUCAACUGGUCGCAAUAACUCAUUUGAAAAAAAACACAAUCGUUCAACUUCGAAAAACAGUAAUAAUGGAAACUCAAAGAAAUUAGAAUCAAACAGCUCAAGUGCAUCUAAUUCUUCUCCAAGUAAUGGUAAUGCAGUCACUUCUCAAUUGAAUUUGUUGAACGAUGAAGAAUUACAAGCUCAUUUGAAUGAUCGUUUAUUAUAUUUGAUUGUUAAUUCAAUUGGUUCACAAGUUAAUAUUUUAACUAAUUCCGGGACAAUUGUUAAAGGUGUUUUACAAAAUGUUGAUCCUAAAUCUAUGAAGAUCAUUGUUAAAAAUGAUGGUGAAGGUCAAUUUACAAGUUUCAAUUAUGAAGAUUUAUUAGAAUUUGAAUUGGAAAAUGUUGAUUUAUUCAACAAUUCAUAUGUUUCAAACAAAGCUUCUUCUGGGUUCAGAACUGAUCAAGAUAUUGGAUUCAAAAAUAGUAAUGCCCCACGUCAAGAAAUGGAAAAAUGGGUUCCUGAUGCUGCAUUAGAUGUUUCUUUAGAUCAAUUAACUUUUGAUGAAAAUGAUCCAAAUGGAAACGUUAAAAGUUGGGAUCAAUUUGAAACAAAUGAAGUUAAAUUUGGUGUUAAAUCUGAAUUCGAUGAAGAAUUAUACACUACAAAGAUUAAUAAGAAUGAUCCAAAUUAUCAAAAAAAUUUGGAAAAAGCUACUAAAUUAGCUGCUGAAAUUGAAUCACAAUCUUAUAAUGGUAAUAUCCAUCUUGCUGAAGAACGUGGUUUGAAAUUUGAUGAUAGUGGAGUCGAUGAAGAAGAUAAAUAUUCUGGUGUUGAUAGAUCAGUUUCAGUUGAUGCUAAAGGUGAUGCCUUAUUCCAAUCUUUGAUCAAUAAGGAUUCUAAAAACUUUCAAUUUGGUGAUGAGAAAUCCAAAUAUGUUCCUCCAAGUCAACGUUCUAAGAUCCAAAAUAUUGAUCCUUCAAUUGUUUCUGCAACUAAUAACGGAACCAAACCUACACCUGCUCCAAAACAAUCAUUGCCCUCAAAACCUCAAACUCAAGCACCUGCUCCUGUCUCAGAAAAAAUCAAGAAUGAUACAUCUGUUCCUCCAAAACCUCCAGUUAAAGAAGUCCAAAAACCUGAAACAUCAUCUAAACAAGAGAAAAAAUCAGUCCCAGAACAUUUGAAAAAAUUGAACACUAUCAACGAAAUCAAUGCUUUGAAAGAAUUUUCUCAAACUUUCAAAAUUCCAUCAAAGUUCCCACAAGAUUUAUUACCAAUUUUAGCAAAAGAUAAAUCAAAACAAGAGGAAAUUAUUAAAAAACAGGAUAAUUCAAAGAAAGACGUUGCGUCAUCAACUACUUCAUCCUCUAAUGUUGCUUCUCCAAAACCAAAGACUGCAACACCAAAACUUUCAAGUGUCGCACCAACUAAGAAAGUCUAUGAUCCUGCUAAAUCACAACCUUUCAAACUAAACCCAAAAGCUGCUGCCUUCACACCAACAACUGCAAAUACUACACCAUCUACAGCUUCAAAUGUUUCAACUCCAGUCUUCAAUAAAAAUUCUCCAAGGUUGGCUUCAAAUCAACCAACUCCAAAUAACUAUAAUAGAAAAAGGUUCAACGCUACACCAGCUUCAUUCUUUGGAAAUGAUAGAGUGCCAUCUUUAGAAAAGCAAUCCAAGAAGUUAUAUAAUGACUUUAAUUUCUUCAAAGGUUGUCUUGCUGAAUUUGAAAAGAAGAAAUCUGGUGAAAAUGCUGAAUUAAAUAAGGAUUUGAAAUUCUUUUUGGAAAAACCAUUUUUCACACCACCAACAUGGACAAAGGAUGAGUCUGAAAAACCUUACAAAUCGUUCUUCCCAGCAUUAGAGGCUAUAAAAUUCCAAAGAAUGAUGCCAACCCCUCUACCACCAAAUCCAAUGCAACAAUUCCAACCUAUCCCAAUGAUGCAACAACCUGGACCAUUCUUUUAUCCACCUCAACCUUUCAUUCCUCAACAUCAAAACUUUAUUCAACUGUCGCCUCAAGCGCAGAGCCCAGCUCUACACUCUGGAUCAAUAUCACCUUCCAAUUCACCUUUCCAACAACAGAGACCAAUGUAUGGUCAACACCAUCAUCAUAACUAUCAUCCAGCUGCAUCAAUGCCUUACCAACCUCAAAGAUAUGCUCCAAAUACACCAAUACCUCCACCAACUGGUUAUAAUCCAAAUUAUCCACCUGGUUCGAGUGGGAUUCCAACACCUGGUAUACCGAUGACACCAAUAAAUCAAGGACCACCUCCGCCUCAAUUCCAACCUCCUAGUGCUGGAUCUCAUCAUCAAAAUAGAGGUUAUAAGCAUUUCUGAUUUGUCUUUUGAUGAUCUGGUAUAUCGUCUUGAGAAAAUGAAC